AUGGCUCGCCGUCUUGGGAACCCGUUCGCCUUCACCCCGAACCCCGUGACUUUCUUCGUCUCUGCCAUCUAUCUGGCCGUCGUCGCCUCGCUGCUCGUCGUCCACCAUGUCGUCCCGCCUGCCCCGAAGAACGACGUCCCCGUCAAGGGCAUCAACCUGACCGAGUCGUGGCGAGAUUUGCAGUAUCUGGCGGGCGGUUUUCACCCCUACAACUCGCGUAGGAACGACGACGUCCGCAAUUGGCUCCUGGUCCGCAUCGAGCAAAUCCUGGAACGGAAUGGCGUCAAAUACUCCACCAAGGGCUUCCACGCCACCAAGGGCUCCCCCGUCGUCGUCUACAACGACAUGGUCUCCAAUGUCACCUUUUCCAGCUCCAACACCAGCAUCUACUUCGAGGGCACCAAUGUCAUGGUCUACAUCCGCGGGUCCGAUGAUGUUCCCGACGACGUCGAGAACUCCGGUGUUGGCGGCGUGCUUGUGAAUGCUCAUUACGACAGCGUUUCCACCGGCUUUGGUGCAACCGAUGAUGGCGUUGGCGUCGUCACCGUCCUACAGCUGAUCUCCUACUUCACCACCCAGGGCAACCAGCCCAGAAAAGGAAUCGUGGCCCUUCUCAACAACGGCGAAGAGGAUUGGUUGAACGGUGCCAAAGCUUUCACCCAGCACCCGCUGUCUUUCUUCCCCCACACUUUUCUGAACCUUGAAGGUGCCGGUGCCGGCGGCCGCGCCACUCUUUUCCGUAGCACCGACACCGAGGUCACUCGUUUCUACAAGAAAGCCAAGAAUCCCUUCGGAAGCGUCAUCUCCGCCGACGGCUUCAAGAGGGGCCUGAUUCGCAGCGGCACUGAUUACUCCAUCUUCACUGCCGACAUGAAUCUGCGCGGCCUCGAUGUUGCCUUCAUGGAACCCAGAGCUCAGUACCACACUGUCGAGGAUGCUGCUCGGGACACGUCCCUUGAUUCCGUAUGGCACAUGCUCUCCGGCGCGCUUGAGACCAUGAAAAGUCUCACCUCUUACACUGGAACCGAAUUCGAAGGCGGGCCAGACGGCACUGGACGAGGAUCAAACGGCGUCUGGUUCGAUCUCUUUGGCGAGGUUUUGGCCAUCUUCGAACUCCACACGCUCUUCGCCUUCUCUGUAACAUUACUUGUCGUCACGCCGUUGGUCUUCAUUGGGCUUACCGCAAUCUUGGUCAGCAUGGAUAAGUGGUACCUCUUUGCAAGAAAAAAGUAUCUCCAUUCGUCAGAUGAUGACGACGCAUACCCACUGUACGGAUGGCGGGGCUUCUUCCGCUUUCCUGUUGCAUUCGUCGUGGCUACAGCUGCCGUUGUCGGCCUGGCGUACCUAGUUACGAAAGUUAAUCCUAAUAUCGUGUACAGCAGUCAAUAUUCUGUCUGGAGUAUGAUGCUCUCUGCAUUCCUCUGUAUUACCUGGUUCAUCCUUCGUGGUGGAGCUGCCAUGCGGCCCUCGGCACUGACCCGGAUCUACGGACUACUUUGGAUCUACGCUGGUUCUUUCAUCCUCUUGAUUCUUGCAACUGUCGCCGAGAAUAAUUUCAACUUGGCGGGCAUUUACUUCAUUGUAAUUUAUUUUGCCUCGGCCUUCUUCGCACUCCUAAUUUCCUACCUGGAGCUCUUCUCGCUGCCGAAGAAAAAGGCCUAUGUCCAACAUAUUUCAGAAAUCUCCGACAGCCCCGGCAGCCGCACUCCAGGAAGCAUCAGGACUUCUCUUACGCCUACCUCUAGCCGGCCACUCACAGCUGCUACCGCAGUAGCAGAUCCUGCAGCGCACCAUAAGGCCAGGGAAGAUCGCCGGAACAGUAACGAAGAUGAUGACGCAACGGAAACGACUUCUCUUUUGCGGAGUGAGCAACAUCCCCGAACUUUCAGCCGCGGAUACGGCAGUAGACAUGGCAGCAGACGUGCCUCUCUUGAUGCACGCUCCGUCCUCUCCAUUUCGACCAACAGACGACGUCCUCUUCAUCCCGAGCCUAGUUUUCCUGGAGAGCAAGCGUGGAGUGGCAAGCUGCCCCGCUGGACUUGGCUGCUGCAGUUGCUUCUGCUGGCGCCAAUCAAUAUCAUCCUUGUUGGACAGGUUGCCCUACUCAUUACUAGUGCUCUUCACCAAACCCUUGCAGAUGGUUCUUCCGCUCUGACAGUGUACCUCCUCAUCGCUGUCUUUGCUGUCCUCCUCCUUAUUCCCGUCCUUCCGUUCCUCCACCGCUUUUCGGUCCGCAUCCCCACCUUCCUGUUCCUCGUUUUCGUGGGAACCCUUAUCUACAACCUCGUCGCUUUCCCCUUCAGUCCGGCGAACAAGCUCAAGGUCUACUUCAUCCAACGCGUCGACCUCGACACAGGGAUCAACGAAGCCUCUCUCACCGGCCUCGACGGCUUUGUCCAGCCCAUCAUCGCGCAAUUGCCCUCAGCUGCCGGUCAGCACAUCAAAUGCGGCCCGCCCGACACAGCCAGCCGUGCUGGUCUCAUUAAGUGCUCUUGGAGUGGUCUCACUCCGCUCGUGGUCCCGCGCGACGGUCAUUCCAAACACCCCGUGCCACCAGGCGAAGAUCUGAAAUACCUCUCCAGCUGGGUCACGUUCAACGCCAGCCGCACAACGCUCGAUGAAGGGGACGAAGCGAUGAUUGACUCGACCGUCGCGCCCAACACAGCGACUAUUGACGUCGUCGGCCGAAACACGCGCGCCUGCCGCCUCUUCUUUGACCCGCCCGUCACCGACCUGCGGGUGCGCAAUGCUGGUGAAAACCAGAACAACCGCUACCCACGCACCGGCCCCACCGGCGCUAACGAGCUCCGGUUAUGGAGUCGCGAAUGGGAGCAGCCCUUCACUGUCGAUAUUGGCUGGGAUGCCAACGACCAGAAUGGCAGCCACUGCGGGCGCAGGCGGUGUCGCAACCACCACAGCGACGACGAUGAGAACGGGGACCGAUUUAGGGGUUUGGAUGGCAAGGCACAGUGCAUCUGGAGCGAUGCUAAUGAGCCAGGUGUGAUACCUGCACUUGAUGAGAUCAGGGCAAACAUACCGAGGUGGGCGAUCGUGAGUAAGUUGGCCGAUGGCUUGGUGGAGGGGACAAAGAGCUUUGCGAUCUAA